CCGCUUCUCCACGCCCAUUGCAAUUUGCAAAUUCUCUCUCUAUAAAAUUCAGACUUUCUCGCCUUCUGUUAGCUACUGUUUUCCUCUUCCUUCAAAAUACACUAAGCUCUGUCCUGAAUCUCAAUAAAAUUUAAGAUUUUUCUUUCAUAAUUUUGUGCAACAAAUGGGUGUUGCUGUCCUUAAUCCUCGGGACUGUCUCCAGAAUCCUUUGUCGUUCCGACAAGAUCUGAUAUCACCCCCUCCUCGCAUGAAAACUCCUAGAAAGCCUAAUACAAACCGGCCGAAUCGGCCUCAACCUAACCGCAAGAAGCGGAGCCCCAGCACCUCACCUCCUUCACGCGCCGUCGUUUAUCCCCAGGUCGCUGCCAAAAACCUGGUUAUGGGUCAGGUCAAAAUUCUUAAACGCGGCGAACAACUAGCUAAACCUACGUCAGAGAAGGUUUCUCAACCUGCUAAAGUUGAGAAAAUGGAAGAGCUAGAUCUCCAAUCUACUCAUCGGCUUGGACUUCCGACUCAGAUCCGACUGACUGAGGCCAAUAAAGCUAAUGGCUUUUAUGCUGGAUCGGCUUUUAUUACUUCGCCACCGCCUAGUUCGCUCCCUUUGCCGGCGUUUUUCAUGAAAAAGUGUGUCGUGGGUGUUAAGAACACCGAUGCUACUAGUGAUUUACGACGGAUUCUAGGCCUUAGCUUAUAGUGUUUAGGCCAUGGAAGAUUGGUGGUGGGUGGAUAGAUGUGAUGUGAAGCUGUAAUCCCUUUUUUUUUUUUUUUUUUUUUUGGUGUUUGCAAUCCAUUCUCCCUUAUUUUUUCAAGGGGAAGAUUGAGCUUGCUUACCCAAAUACGCGACUGGCAGGCACAGACGCGGUACCUAAUUAGUGCUGUUAAUGUAUAGCUUUGAUUGUGGUUAGCUAAAUUAUGUCAGCAUAGGAUCUAGAUCUACAUGGGGUGUGUGUUGUGGGAUUUUAUGAUUUUUUUUUUUUAAUUUAUCUUACUCUUAUUUAGAUACAGGUGCUAUUAUCGUACCUGGGAAUUGGUUUGUUUCUUAUCUUGUAUCCGGUUGUUAGUUGUCUGAAAUGAAUUUCUUCUUUUUAAUGUUA